UCCUUUUGUGUUCCAUCUCUUUCAAGUGUUACCAAGCCAUGGGAAGAAGCAAUGUGAUCAACAGGACUGUUGAACAGUUUUGAAUCCAAGAAAAGCUAUUCAAUUCCCUGGUUAUAACAGCAUGAGCAUAAAAAUCCAUGAGAAGAGCACAAGCUAUUACGGAAAGAACCAUGAAGGUCUUUCUUCUGCUAGCAGCCAUUGGACUUUGUUCGGCGCAAUACAACCCAAAUACAAAACCUGGGAAGAUGUCUAUUGUCCACCUGUUUGAAUGGCGUUGGGCUGACAUUGCUCUUGAAUGUGAACGGUAUUUAGCACCCAAUGGAUUUGGUGGAGUUCAGAUAUCUCCUCCAAAUGAAAAUAUUGUCAUUACUAACCCAUGGAGACCCUGGUGGGAAAGAUACCAGCCAAUCAGCUAUAAUCUAUGUACACGAUCUGGAAAUUAUGAUGAAUUUAAAGACAUGGUGACCAGAUGCAACAAUGUUGGAGUUCAUAUUUAUGUGGAUGCUGUAGUCAACCACAUGUGUGGAUCUGGUGCUGGCUCUGGUAAUAGAUCUACUUGUGGAAGCUAUUUCAAUGCAGAGACCAGAGAUUUUCCUGCUGUGCCAUACUCAGCCUGGGACUUUAACGAUGGCAAAUGUAAAACUGGAAGUGGAGACAUUGAAAAUUACCAUGAUGUGACUCAGGUCCGUGACUGUCGCCUUGUCAGUCUUCUUGAUCUUGCCCUGGAGAAGGACUAUGUGCGCUCGAAAGUUGCUGAAUACAUGAACGAACUUAUUGAUAUUGGUGUGGCAGGCUUCAGAAUUGAUGCUUCCAAGCAUAUGUGGCCUGGGGACAUGACAGCAAUUUUAGACAAACUGAAAAAUCUAACUAAAACAUGGUUUUCCAAUGGAUCGAGACCUUUCAUUUACCAAGAGGUAAUUGACUUGGGUGGAGAGCCAAUAAAAAGCAGUGAAUACUUUGGAACUGGCCGAGUGACUGAAUUCAAAUAUGGUGCCAAACUGGGUACAGUGAUCCGCAAAUGGAAUGGAGAAAAGAUGGCCUAUUUAAAGAAUUGGGGAGAAGGCUGGGGUUUUAUGCCCUCUGACAUAGCCCUUGUCUUUGUGGAUAAUCAUGACACCCAAAGGGGACAUGGUGCUGGGGGAGCUUCUGUUCUAACCUUCUGGGACUCCAGACUAUAUAAAAUGGCACUUGGCUUUAUGCUUGCUCAUCCUUAUGGAUUUACACGUGUUAUGUCAAGUUACCGCUGGCCAAGAUAUUUUCAGAAUGGAAAGGACAUUAAUGAUUGGGUGGGACCACCAAGCUCUGAGGAUGGAUCAACCAAACCUGUUACAAUUAAUCCAGACUCCACUUGUGGCAAUGACUGGGUCUGUGAACAUAGAUGGCAUCAAAUAAAGAACAUGGUUAUUUUCCGUAAUGUGGUUGAUGGCCAGCCUUUCUCAAACUGGUGGGACAAUGACAGCAAUCAAGUGGCUUUUGGGCGUGGUAAUAGAGGAUUAAUCGUCUUUAAUAAUGAUGACUGGUAA